GUGAGUGUGUGGUGAAUGCCAGGCCUGUAGUGCCCAUCAGCCCAUCAUAUAAGCAUAAGCCGUAAUCCUAGCCAUACCUGACAUACCUGUGCUCUAAUACUACGCAAUGGACACACAGUGCAUACAAUUGCAUCACUACUACACCACUACUCUCAUAUAAUCGAUGACUGCUUUCAAUGAACACUUGAUUGUCAUUCACUACCAAUCGAUUGAGUUUGGGAACUAAUUUCGCUAAUCAUUCAAAACCAGUGACUCUUUGCUGACCAACACUUGAAUGAUAUAAUAAUUAUAUGAAUAAUAAUAACUACAGUACUGUAUAACUACUGUAUAACUAUUAAUAUAUUCAUAAACUCAUUGAAUAUGAAGUGGUAAUGAAUAUGAAUACUGGAGUAAUAGGUGUUUGACAGCAAUUGAAUGGUUAUGUUAUAAGUUAUAAGUGAAGCACUGAUCCAAAGACAGAGAUAAUUGGUAUUGAAUUACACGACAAAUAUGUCACAAAUGAUGGACCAAUUCGUUCAGUCAAACACCACAACCAGCCCUUCAGGAGCUCAGACCCCCUCACCUGGUGGUCAGCCGUACGUCCGUAUUGUGGAGCAGCCGGCGAAGUGUGCGCUGAGGUUUCGGUACGAGUGCGAGGGUCGCAGCGCCGGCAGUAUUCCCGGUUCGGGCGCCACCGCCGACAACAAGACAUACCCGACUAUUCAGGUGUGCGGCUACAGGGGUCAGGCAGUGGUGGUGGUGUCGUGUGUGACCAAAGAGCAGCCCUACCGCCCCCACCCACACAACCUCGUGGGCAAAGAGGGCUGCAAGAAGGGGGUCUGCACUCUCGUCAUCAACAACCACGACAUGAUCUGCUCAUUCACUUCACUCGGCAUUCAGUGCGUCAAACGCAAAGACAUUGAGGACAGCCUUAAGCUCCGCGAGUCCAUCAAAGUCGACCCCUACAGGACCGGUUUUAGCCACAAAUCGCAGUCAUCAAGUAUUGACCUAAAUGUGGUCCGACUCUGCUUUCAAGUGUUCAUCGAAGGCCCAGAAAAAGACAAAUUUACGGUUCAAUUGCCGCCAAUUGUUUCCGAUCCUAUUUAUGACAAAAAGGCGAUGACUGAACUGAUAAUAACGAAGCUCUCGCACUGUUCGGCGCCGUGCAAUGGGGGCCAAGAAAUGAUACUACUGUGCGAUCGGGUCACCAAAGACGACAUUCAGGUGCGCUUCUUCCAGGAACUCAACGGUCAAGUGGUUUGGGACGCGUUGGCCGACUUCGGACCCGGAGAUGUGCACAAACAGGUGGCCAUAUGUUUCCGGACGCCCCGCUAUUUCAUGGAUAACCUGACACAACCCGUGUCAGUGCAGCUCCAACUGCGGCGCCCAUCAGACGGUUGUCUCUCUGACGCCCGUGUUUUCCAACUGUUGCCCAAAGAGGUGGAUCCGGACGGACUCACCCGUAAGCGCCAGAAGAUUGAUGAAGGCUUUGAGCGCUUUUUGCGUGAAAACUCUCUGCUCCCAGGAGUGAGUGCACCACAAACUACUGGCCCCAAUACGGCCACAGGUAUUGCCGGUUCAGCUAUUGUUAGUCCGGUGUCACCCAAACGCGAAGUGAUUCACGUGCCCCGACUCACCGCUAAUAUUAAAUUGGAACCAAUGAGCACAACAUUAGAUACUCAACAAGCAUUGAAUACCACACCUGUGCCACAGACUUCAUGGACUACCAGUUCUUCACAAUUCAUGCCAUUAUCGCAAACCCCGCAACAGACCAGACCUCAAAUGGAUGUACUUUUAGGACAAGGCUAUAGACAGCCAUCGCAGAUAUCAUCACAGCUCUCGUCCCAAAGCCUAUCCCAGUGCUCAACACAAUCCGAGUUCUUGUUGCCUAACAUUCCGGUGGCGGUCGACAUGAACGCAUCGAAAUCGCCCAAAGGGUCGUCGCCUACACUGACAACACUAUUAGCGGCACAACCAGUGAUGUCGACCCCACCACUCAUGGCCAUCGACCUGAAUGCUGGCAUUAUCUUUGAUAACGCCAACAGUACUCUUAACACAAAUACCAUUGUGCGGAUACGGCGUCGCAGACCCACUGGUGGCGCCCUCUUCGUCGUCACCGUCGGCCCCGGGAUUCACGUCAGGUAUGGUCUGCGCGAUGUCUCGCAAGAAGUGGAACUCAUCGCAGCUUAG